UGGACUGCCUUGGACUUGAACGAUUACAAAUUGUGUUGACAAAAUAUGUUAAUAUUAGUUUAUAUCAUAUUUUUGACAAUUUUCGCUGGUCAUCUGUGUGAAGAACAAUUUUGUUCAGCAGAUAAUGAAAUAAAAUCCUGUAAAGAAAAUGAGGUUGCUCACCAAAAUUCACUGUAUACGAAAGAAACAAAUGAAAGAUACAAGAAAUAUUUAGUGGCGAUUCAAAGUGCAGAGCAAAACUACAAAGAAUGUAAUAACACAAAGCAUAAGUGCUAUAAAGAUGUAAUUGUACAAGAUCUAAGGCCAUUUAAAAAGAAGGGCAUAAGCAAAGAAAUGAUUGAAGCUGCUAAAACUAGGGGUACAUUUUACCAAAUAAUUGAAGGUAAAUUGUACAGAGAGAAAGACUGCAUGUUUCCAGCCAGAUGUGCUGGAAUUGAACAUUUUUUAUUAAAAAUAAUUGGUAAUUUAUCCGAUAUGGAUUUAGUUAUAAAUACUAGAGAUUAUCCUCAAUCUAGCGAAUAUUUUGGAAAUGCCAUACCUGUUUUUUCAUUUAGUAAGACACCACAAUAUUAUGAUAUUAUGUAUCCAGCAUGGGCAUUUUGGGAAGGUGGUCCAGCUAUCUCGUUAUACCCCCGUGGUCUUGGCAGAUGGGAUCAACACCGUAAAACUUUGAAUAAGGCGAGUUUAGAGGUUUCAUGGGAAGAGAAAAAAAGUAAAGGAUUUUUUCGUGGAUCUAGAACAAGUUCGGAACGCGAUAAUUUAAUUUUAUUAAGUCGUAAUAAACCUCAUUUAGUAGAUGCUCAAUAUACUAAGAAUCAAGCAUGGAAAUCUAAUGAGGACACUUUGCACGCAACACCAGCGUCAGAAGUAUCUUUAGAGUCGCAUUGUACAUACAAAUAUUUAUUCAAUUUUCGAGGUGUGGCAGCUUCAUUUCGACAUAAACAUCUAUUUUUGUGCCGAUCACUAGUCUUUCACGUCAGCGACGAAUGGAUGGAAUUUUAUUAUCAUGCCAUGAAACCAUGGAUUCAUUAUAUACCCGUUCCCAAAAAUGCAGAUCAACAAGAGUUAGAGGAUUUGAUUGAAUUUGCAAGGAACAAUGACGAUUUAGCAAAAAAGAUUGCUCAUCGUGGAAGAGACUUUAUAUGGAAUAAUUUGCGAAUGUUAGACGUUAUACAUUUUUGGAAACAACUUCUUAAAAAUUACAGUAAGCUUGUAACAUAUAAACCAGUAUUAAAAAAAGAUCUCAUAAAUAUUAGAAGAGAAUUAUGA